CUGGGUGUCAUCUGAAGUCCAGCCUGCGGACAGAAAGGGUUUUGCAACUCAUUGUCAGUUGACCAGAGACUUGUCGGGUAAAUCGAAAGUUAACAAAAAGUGCAAAGCAAUGGAGAUGCAAGAGGCCCCUGCAAAGGCUGAGACAGAGGACAAAGAAAAAAGAGCAGAGAAACCGAAGCAGGAGGCCAAAACUGAAGAUGAAGCAAAUCAAGAACAAUACUCUACCCUGCUGAGUCCAAGUGAAGAGAUCUACUCUGAAGCUUUUCAUGCGACAAAGCCUCCUCAAGAGCUGCCAGGAAAUGCACGGCUGUACCGCGCUGUGUGUGCAUUCUUGUUAGUAAUCUGCCUCAUCCUUUUGGCGGUGGUCGUCAUACUUGGAAUGAAACUCCAAGUCUGCUCUGGGGGCGCAGUGUGCAACGAGGGGCUGUGUAUGGAGUACAUCCAAAACACUCGGGCUGCCUGUGAGAAGUGUCCCAGAGGAUGGAUCGCAUAUCGCAACUACUGCUACUUCCUGUCCACACUCAGGCUGAAUUGGGACAACAGUCAGUCAAACUGCACCAAAGUUGGUGGAUCUCUGGCUGUUAUUGAAAGCCAGGAAGUCCAGAAUUUUCUGUCAAAGAACGGGAAAUUGAACUACUGGAUUGGACUGAAACAGGAUCAGUCUGAAUGGAAGUGGAACGACAACAAGAUGCUUGAAAAGAGUUACUGGAAAAGCAACCCAGGAAACGGAGACUGUGCUUUGCUGUACAGUAGAGAUCCGGCAGAGAAGAACUGGGCAAAAAUAUCCUGCCAAGCCGCCUCUUACUAUAUCUGUCAGAUUGAGUACUAAUGUCAUCUGGUUUUUAAAACAGAAAAUAUUUUCUUCAGCAAUCAUUACUUCUACAUCUAAUCACUUUAAUUUAGCAAAAGGGAACAAAAACGCUUCUUAGAUGAAAACUUUGCAUGUUUAACAUUCAAGAAAUGCUCCGUUUUUAAAGUUUUUAUAAGCACAUUUAUUCUUUAAUACUUCCGUCUUAAGUCGUUGUAAGCUUAAAUGAAGAUACAGCACUCCUUCAAACGGCAUGACUCUGUUCAUAAAGGUGAAGGAGUGGAAGUUGGUUUUAAGACAGUUUUACUCUCAACUAUAAGAUACGUUUAAUCUACAUUCUAUUUCAGCAUAUAUUACUACUAUAUUAUUUGGUAUUGCUACAAAAAUAACACACUCUUUCAUGGUAUAAUACUGCAGAAAUAAUUGCACUGUUGACUACAUAAAAACCAAAAUAAUUCCUCCUCUUUAAGUUCACAAAAGCAUCAAACUUCACACCUUGGUCACAGCUUUGUGGAAGCACUCGAAAAAAGCAGGAUAUAGAUUUCCCUCUAGACAAAUUUGAUGUUCUGGUCCUCCUCCGGACCCUCCUGCUCCAUCUCCAGACCCAAAGUGCUCUGACGAAUCACCUCCCAUCCAGCCUGAGCCUUGCUCCUCAUACUAUUUUUGUUUUGAGAUCUGAGAGUCACAUCUGCCUUUUCCAGCCCUUCUUUUUGCUUCUCGUCCUCUUUGGAGAAGGCUUUGACGUAGCGGCGCAUUUUUUGCAUCACUGCAUCGUUUCUGUCUUCAACCCUGCAGAGAAGUACAAAGAUGACUGUGUUUAAUUGCCUGUUCAGGUAUAAAAUUUGAUAUAAAAGCAGCCACAAAAUAUGAACAAUAUAUUUAGAUCAAGCAAAACAUAAACAUUUGUUAUUCUAAGUGGCAUUUUUUCUUUUCUAAAUCCAUUAAAAACAUUAUUUGUUUUGGAGUUACGAUAUGUAUCUUUAUGAAAGCAUCAGUCUGAUGUGAUAAUAAGACAUCUAUAAAUAGAAGAAAGAUGGGUGUCACACCUUAAAGUGUCAUGUGUGUUUAUAACGCUCGACGUUGUCGCGCAGCACAACACCAAAUACUGAGUCAUACUGCGGUGGACUUGUAACAAAAUGAUAAACAGAACUGAGAAUGCAUUUACGGACUUUUUCAUUUCUGAGAAAAAACACUUCCCCUAUACUCUUAAAAUCAUUUGAAGAUUCAGGGAAAUGUUGACAGUUUAUCUGUGAGAUUCAGUUUUGCUUACUGACCAUUAUUCCAUACUGGCCUUUCCAGUCUAACCUUCAGUGAUAACAUCGUGCUGUUAUGACUACCACUCCUGAAUCAAGUUCAAACAACCCUUUUAUAAUUAAAACAUUUUUUAUGUAUACUAGCAUGUUUACUUUCAUUUUUUUCCAGGUCCAAACCCUGUUAAAAAUCACUCCGUCGGGGGUCUCAGGGUCUAACUCUGAACAUGCAGUGACACUGCAGAUCUGUCUGAAGAUGUUGAUUAUGUGUAAAAUGAAAACAAUCAAAUUGCAGAAUCAUUAUUUAAACACCUAAAUGUAAAUAAAGAAUGUCCACUCUCAUAUUAGGGAUUGUAUCUAUUUUUGAAAUCUGUAUUAAAUACUUUAACCUUUAGUAGCAAACAUGCUUAAAUAAAGAAUUCUGGAAUUCUUU